ACGCGCAUGACAACAGACACAGCGCCUCCUCUCCCCUCUGACUCCCCCUCCCCUCCUCGUAUUGACUCAGUCCGCUUCGGCAAACAAACCCAAAUCUCUCACAGGCACGUUUUUUUAAUUAUUUAUUUCAUUUUUAUUCCGUUAAGUUUGAUGAAGCGGUGACAUAUUGAAAAUGAAGCCGAAGAAGCGACACGUCCUGCUGCUGCUGUGGCUGCUGCUCGUCUGCUCCGGCACGACGGAGGCCAUCGAGCCCAUCAGCACCAGCAUAGCUGUCGGCAUGGCAGCGGCUCUGACUGGGUUUUUAGCCAGCUACCAGAACAUCCUCUACUAUUUCCACGAGUGCUGUCGACCCGAGUGGAUUUCCUUGAACAGGACAGGUCUCCAGCAUGAUCUGGAAACCAAACUUUUUGGACAGCACAUCGCGUCACGCAUCGUCUUGAAAGCCGUGAGUGGAUUCGUGGCCAACAAAAACCCAAAGAAGCCCCUGGUGCUCUCUCUGCACGGAUGGACCGGCACGGGGAAGAACUUUGUCAGUCAGCUGAUCGCUGAAAACAUUUACAAGGAGGGAAUGGACAGCAGCUUUGUUCACGUCUUCACUGCUGAACUUCAUUUUCCACAUUCAAAUCAAAUAGAGACCUACAAGUCUCAGUUACAGCACUGGAUUAAAGGCAAUGUCACCAACUGUGCGCACUCCAUGUUCAUCUUCGAUGAGAUGGACAAGAUGCACCCUGGACUGAUUGACAGCAUAAAGCCGUUCCUGGACUAUUACGAAAAGCUGGAUGGAGUUUCUUAUCAGAAAGCCAUCUUCAUCUUUCUCAGCAACGCUGGAGGGGAGAGCAUCAUAGAGACGGCUUUAAAUUUCUGGAGAGCAGGACGGGAUCGAGAAGAGAUCGAGCUCAAAGACCUGGAAACGGCGCUCUCUCUAUCAGUGUUCAACAACAAGAAAAGUGGCUUCUGGCAUACAAGCUUGAUUGACAAGAACCUGGUGGACUUCUUCGUUCCCUUUCUGCCUCUGGAGUACCGGCACGUCGUCCAGUGUGUCUUGGCUGAGAUGGAGGCCAAAGACCUUGAGCCAAAAAAGAGUGUGGCGGAACAGGUGGCCAGAGAUUUAGUCUAUUCGCCCAAAUCUGAGAGAGUGUUCGCCGUCAAAGGCUGCAAGACGAUAGGCAGCAAAUUAGACUACUACAUGUGAUGGACACUGCAUAAGAUCACUAUGUGCACUUUUUUUUUCAAAAGAAAAGAAAAACACUCUCAGCCAAAUGACUAAGGAGAGGAAGUCGAGCUGACUGAACUCUGACAAGGUCUCUGCAGAGAUUUCUCUGUCUGAAGCGGGCACGAGCAGGAUUUCGACGGGCCUUCUCCAGUGUUGCAUCUCAACUUACACUGAACGAAAGAGGCUGAUGAAAGAGCGCAGCGCCAGUCGAAUUAAAAAAAAUAAAACGGAAAUGCUAUCCUGUCGGACUGAUUUAAGGAGUUUGAUCUCCGCUUUCAUGUCACACCACAGUGAGAGUCUCGGCCGGCUCUGUUUACCCGAGAGCUUCUUAAUGACUUACAGGGUGUCUGUGCUACUAUGGCAUGUCACUGUUGUGCUUUUUAAAAUUAUUAUUAUUUUUGUGUACCCCGGUCUUAAUUCUUUUUGAUUUCCCUUUUUUUUUU